UCCACACAGGCGACUCUCGGGCGCUGGCGGUGGGUGUUCGUAGUCGCGCUGUCGAAGCUGUGCAUAUGCCGUUUGAAAUGCAGGCCAAGGACUUCCCUCUAUUGAAGAAUGAUCUCCUACUGCGUGCUGCUCGUGGUCUAGAGGUGGAACGUGUUCCUGUGUGGAUCAUGAGACAGGCUGGUCGAACACUGCCGGAGUACCGCGCUGUAAGUGAGGAGCAUGGCUUCUUUGGCAUCUGCCGAACACCGGAGCUGGCCUGUGAGGUGACGCUGCAGCCGAUCCGACGGUUCGACCUCGACGCCGCCAUCAUCUUCUCAGACAUUCUGGUGGUGCCACAGGCGCUCGGCAUGGAGGUCAUCAUGAAGCCGGGAGAGGGUCCCGUGUUUCCGGAGCCGCUGGCUGGGCCAGAUGACCUCGCGCGUCUCCAGCGGCCCGUGAACGUCCAAGAGCAGCUGGGCUACGUGUUCGAGGCGGUGACCAUGACCCGCCACAAGCUGGAGGGCAAGGUGCCCCUGAUCGGCUUCUCCGGAGCGCCGUGGACGCUCAUGGGGUACAUGGUCGAGGGCAAGGGGUCCAAGACCAUGUCCAAGGCGAAGCGCUGGCUGUACCAGCACCCGACCGAAAGCCACCAGUUGUUUUCCCUGCUGACCGACGUCGUGGUUGACUACCUGGUGGGACAGGCCGAGGCCGGCGCCCAGCUGCUGCAGGUGUUCGAGUCGAGCGCCGAGUAUCUGGGGCCCGACCUGUUCGCGCAGUUUGCGCUGCCUUACAUCCGCCGAAUCUCGAGCGAGGUUAAGGACAAGCUGAAGGCCAAGGACAUUGACGUGCCCAUGACGAUAUUCGCCAAGGGCGGCCACUACGCGCUGGAGCAGCUCGCGGACAGCGGUUACGAGGUGGUGGGCCUGGACUGGACGGUGGACCCGGCCGGGGCCACUGACCGCCUGGGCGACAAGGUCACGCGCCAGGGCAACCUGGACCCGUGCGCCCUCUACGCGCCGGAGGAGUCGCUGGACGCGCUUGCCAAGCAAAUGGUGGAGCGGUUCGGCACGCGCCGCUACAUCGCCAACCUGGGCCACGGCAUCUACCCGGACAUGACGCCCGAGCGCGUGGUCACCUUCGUCGACGCUAUCCACAAGUACAGCCGGCAGGACUGAGGCCCGCCGCACGGCCCGGUCGCCGGCACUCGGGCGUCACACCGCUGGAACUCUGGCGUCACACCGCUGGGACUCGGGCGUCACGCCGCCGGGACUCUAGCGUCGCGCUGCCGUAACUCGGGUGUCACGCUGUCGGGGCUCUGGUGUCACGCCGCCGGGACUCUAGCGUCACGCCGCCGGGUCUCGAGUGUCACGCCGUCGGGGCUCUGGUGUCACGCCGCCGGGUCUCGGGUGUCACGCCGGUGGGACUCUGGUGUCACGCCGCUGGCAUUCCGGUUGUGGGAAGGGAUGAUGGGGGUGGCGGGUGGACUUGCGAGGGGUAUUGAUUUUCCAGGUGUAUGACGUCACUGCCGCCUCGCCUCGCUGGGGAGCUGGCACUGGUGCCUUGGUGUUGGCGCUUGUGGAGGGACUUUGGUGCACCGUGUUGGCCGACGCAUUGUCUUGUAGGAAGGAGGUCGUGACCCCCCUAAUCUGAGGGUAUUUUCAAGGCUGUGGAUCAUAAUAACGCGAAGGCUGCCCCCGAACAAAGCAGAUCUCAGCUUCGUGCUUCGGCGAACAACUUUUGGUGCUCCAGUGUUUCGAUACGUUGGUCCGAAAGUUUUUGGUUAAAUGUAUUGAGUUGAUUGUAUGCUCAAGUCAAGUUUCUAACAUGUUUGCGACCGCCGUUCGGGCUAUGCGUGCGAGUUAAGUUUGUGACUGUUACGUUAGUGUUGCAUGUCCACGCACGGGAUAUUUAGUAGGUUCUUAUUAGGUAUGUUUAGUAGGUUCUCUUAAGUAAGCUCUGGGAAAUGUGUAAGAAUGUCUUAGGCAGCGUUACGCAACGCGUGCUACCAAUGCAGAAUAUAGCAUGUGGUUUGUCUGCUUAUUAAACUGGAUAUGAA